UCGAAUUGAGGAACGUAAUGGCGGAAAACCUGCCAGUGGUGGACGAGUGCUGAGGCUUUCUCUAUGUUUAUAUAUACAUUAUACUCGAUAAAUCCAGUCCCUCACAAACUUGUGGUCUCUGAUAUUCUGGAAGCAUGGCGUCCACCGCGGCGGGGAAGCAAAGAAUACCGAAAGUGGCGAAGGUGAAAAAUAAAGCCCCGGCAGAGGUGCAGAUCACUGCCGAGCAGCUGCUUAGAGAGGCAAAGGAGAGGGAACUUGAGCUUCUUCCUCCACCGCCCAAACAGAAGAUCACUGAUGAAGAGGAGUUAAAUGACUACAAAUUACGCAAACGCAAGGGAUUUGAAGACAAUAUCAGAAAGAACAGAACUGUCAUAAGCAACUGGAUAAAGUACGCACAAUGGGAGGAGAGCCUGAAGGAAAUACAGAGAGCUCGUUCUAUCUACGAGCGAGCGCUGGACGUAGAUCACAGAAACGUGACGCUAUGGCUGAAAUACGCAGAGAUGGAGAUGAAGAACCGACAGGUCAAUCAUGCUCGAAACAUCUGGGACCGAGCCAUAACCAUCUUGCCCCGGGUCAACCAGUUCUGGUACAAAUACACCUAUAUGGAGGAGAUGCUGGGGAACGUAGCGGGCUGCAGGCAGGUGUUUGAACGCUGGAUGGAGUGGGAGCCAGAAGAACAGGCCUGGCACUCUUACAUCAACUUUGAGCUGCGCUACAAGGAGGUGGAGAAAGCCCGCAUCAUCUACGAGAGAUUUGUGAUCGUUCACCCUGAAGUGAAGAACUGGAUCAAAUAUGCUCGCUUUGAGGAUAAGCAUGGCUAUAUCGCUCAUGCGAGGAAAGUGUUUGAGAGAGCUGUGGAGUUCUUUGGUGAGGAGCAUAUUGAUGAAAACCUCUUUGUCGCCUUUGCUAAAUUCGAGGAGAAGCAGAAAGAGUUUGAGCGAGUUCGGGUCAUCUAUAAGUACUCCCUGGACAGAAUCCCCAAACAGCAGGCCCAAGAGCUCUUCAAGAACUACACUGUGUUCGAGAAGAAGUUUGGAGACAGGAGAGGAAUAGAGGAUGUCAUUGUCAGUAAGAGGCGGUUUCAGUAUGAGGAGGAGGUCAAGGCAAACCCACACAACUACGAUGCCUGGUUUGAUUACCUGCGCCUGGUGGAGAGUGAUGCGGAUGUGGACACAGUCAGAGAGGUGUAUGAAAGAGCCAUCGCUAACAUUCCCCCCAUCCAAGAAAAGAGACAUUGGAGACGCUAUAUUUACCUCUGGAUCAACUAUGCUUUGUAUGAGGAACUGGAGGUCAAGGAUCCUGAGAGAACACGGCAGGUGUAUCAGGCAUGUCUGGAGCUCAUCCCUCACAAAAAGUUCACUUUUGCCAAAAUUUGGCUGCUGUAUGCCCAGUUUGAAAUUCGUCAGAAGAACUUGCAGAAUGCCAGACGAGGCCUGGGCACAGCCAUAGGCAAAUGCCCAAAAAACAAGCUGUUUAAGGGCUACAUAGAGCUGGAACUGCAGUUAAGAGAGUUUGACCGCUGCAGAAAACUGUAUGAGAAGUAUCUGGAGUUUGGCUCGGAGAACUGCACCACCUGGAUCAAAUUUGCCGAGUUGGAGACUAUCCUGGGUGAUACCGAAAGAGCACGGGCCAUAUUUGAGCUGGCCAUUGACCAGCUUCGGCUGGACAUGCCAGAAGUGCUGUGGAAAUCUUACAUCGACUUUGAGAUUGAGCAGGAGGAGUAUGAAAAAACACGAGGGCUCUAUAAGAGGCUGUUACAGCGCACGCAGCAUGUCAAGGUCUGGAUCAGUUAUGCCCAGUUCGAGCUGUCUGUGGACAGUGAGGACAGGCUGCAGAGGUGCAGGCAGGUGUAUGAGGAAGCCAACAAGAGCCUACGAAACUGUGAGGAGAAGGAGGAGAGGCUGAUGCUGCUGGAGUCCUGGAGAGACUUUGAGCAGGAGUUUGGCACAUUUGCCAACAAGGACAGAGUGAGGAAACUACUGCCAGAGAAGGUGAAGAAGAGGAGGAAGCUCACAGCAGAGGAUGGGUCGGAUGCAGGAUGGGAGGAGUAUUAUGACUACAUCUUCCCAGAAGAUGCUGCCAAUCAGCCCAACCUCAAACUGCUGGCCAUGGCCAAGAUGUGGAAGAAACAGCAAGACCAAGAGGAGCCGAAGCCAUCAGAAGAACAAGAGACAGAAGAGGAGGAGAGAAGUGGCCCCUCAAAACCAGGAGAUGAGGAAGAGGAGGAUACAGGAGCACAGGAACCUAAAGAGAGCGCAUAUGAUGAUCGUGAUGACAGCGACAGCAGUACUAGUAGUGACAGUGAGAGCGAGAGUGAUGAGGAAAACACUGAAAGCAGAAAAGAGAGCAAGACAGCUGCUGCAGAGGAAGACUAAAGUCAGUGAGAUUUUUUUGUUUUAUUCCUUGAACUGAUGUGAUCUGCUUUUUACAUAAAGUAUUCUUUUGUAACAAAAUAAAAAGGGAAAAUUAAA